AUGGCCACUCCCAUUCCAGGAACACCUUGCGGGCCUCACCCACCGGGAACCUGGAUGCGAGAUGGGCAUCACUCACCUGUCCCGGGACACCUGGCAGACCUCGCCCACCCGUCCCGAGAAACCUGGCGGGCCGCACCUGCCCGACCCAGGACACCUGGCGGGCCAAGCCAGCCCGUCCAGGGACACCUGGCUGGCCGAACGCGCCCCCCUCCACCACCCGUCCAGGGAGACCCUGGCGGGCCACGCCCGCCCCUCCAGGGACGCCUGGCGGGGGCCGCCUGCCUGCCCGUCCGGGACGCCUGGCAGGCCUCUGCCCGCCCUCCCGGGACGCCUGGCGGGAACCUCUGCCUGCCCGUCCCGGGACGUUCUGGCGGGCCUCGCCAGCCCGUUCGGGGUGGGAACGGGCAGGCCCGGGACAGAAAAACGCUGGAAAACCUGGGCACCCGGCUGACAAAGUCCCAAGACACCUGGGGGGUCCUCAUCCUGCCCCUUCCCGGAACCCGUAGCGGGCCUACCCACCUCCAGGCCCGCACCCACCCGUCAGGCCCGCCCACCCGUCAGGCCCGCCCACCCCGUCCAGGGACGCCUGGCAGCCUUCCCGCCCUCCCGGGACGCCUGGCGGGCUCGCCCGCCCGUCCGGGACACCUGGCGGACCUCCCCCCGCCCGUCCCGGGACGCCUGGCGGGCCUCGCCCAUAGUUUUUCCGUUUCCCAGGAACGGGCGGGCGAGGCCCCGCCAGGUGUCCUGGGACACCUGGCCUCGCCCACGCCCGUCAAUGAAAAGGGCCCGCCCACAUCCCAUCCCGGGACACCAGGCCUUCCCGUCUCGAAACCGCCUCCCGCCGCGUCCCGGGACACCUGGCGGGCCCUGCCGACCAAUCCCAAGACACCUGGGGGGCCUCACCUGCCCACUUCCUGGCCUGCCCACCCAUCCCGGGACGCCUGGCGGGCCUCGCCCACCCAUCCCGGGACACCUGGCGGGCCUCACAUGCCCCUUCCCAGAACCCGUAGCGGGCCUCGCCCACCCGUCAAGGCUCGCCCGCCCGUACCAGGACAACUGGCGGGCCUUCGCCCGCAGCCGUUCCCAGGAACGGGCGGGCGAGGCCCGCCAGGUGUCCUGGUACACCUGGCGAGGUCCUCGCCCACCCAGCAGUCCCGAGAAACCUGGCGGGCACCCGGUCUGACCAAUCCCAAGACACCUGGGGGACCUCACCUGCACCUUCCCGGAACCGAGCAGGCCAUCGCCCACGCCCGUCAAGGCCCGCCCACCCAUCCCGUAACACCAGGCCUUCCCGUCUCGGGACACCCUGGCGGGCCUCGCCCGCCCGUCCCGGGACACCUGGCGGGCCCUGCCGACCAAUCCCAAGACACCUGGGGGGCCUCACCUGCCACUUCUUGGGACCCGUAG